AGUAAGAAAUCACAGGGUGGACUACUGCUGCACUCCUUUCUGCUGAAACUGUUUUUUAAGGGAUUUAACAUUAGUGGAUCUAAUGGGAAAAAAUAUUUAUGGCUGGCCUGCUGUGGAUUACCUUUAGAUCAUGUUAAUCCAGACACUUUGAGAUUCAGCAAUUGUGAAAUGAGACUAAAUUAUCAAGUACAAAUGGAUCAUUGGGCAGAGACUCACUUGUGAAAUUUCCCUUGCAGCUGAAUUAUUCCAUAGAUGAUGUACUGUGUUGCUUCCAUACUGUUGCUUUUCACAGCUGGUGUAGUGAGUGAAAAGAUUUUACAAGGACCAAAAAAUGCAACUGUUCUUGAAAAUGGCACUGCUUGUUUCAAUUGUACCUUAACUGGAAAUUGGGGAGUGCUCAUCUGGAUGCUGAGAUCACGCCUGGUACUAACAGUCAUAGAGAACUUUGGACCUAUUGAGACACUUGAUCAUUUCUCCUCCCGAAAUUACACAAAUGGUGAUUCCCUCAUCUUGGAACUUAUCAUUUCAGAAGUUUCCCUUAAAAAUAGUGGAGUAGUAGCUUGUAUGCUUCAAGGGAGUGAAACUGCUGAGGCAAACUUAUUUGUUCAAGUAAAUGGAACACUGGCCAUCACAAAUCAUAAUCUUGUGGUAGUGAAGAAUACCUCCGAGCUGAUCACCUGCCAGGCCAUAGGAUGGCUACCCAUACCGGACAUAAAGUGGAAAAUAAAUGGAACAUUGAGGAAGAGCUAUAGCAAUAACAGCAUCCUUCGGUCUGAUCAUCUCUACGACACAACAAACACACUCAAGAUUCGUCCCUCAUUUGAUAUGGAAAUUGAGUGUAUCGCUUCAAUCUCAGCACUUCCUGAACCAUUGAUUGAUAGAGUCAAUAUAACUGUCACUGCAGGGAACGAAGAGACGAGGUUUGACAGAACUGUUCUGAUAGCAGUAACUGUUAGUAUUUCAGUCUUAACAGUAAUAAUACUGCUAAUUAUCGGACUUGUUCUUUUUUGCAAAAGGAAAAAAGAACCAGGGUCCAGCUAUCAAGACAAAAAGAGAUCAGCAACUCAAAAGCAAUCACAAAAUGGAAGUGCCUCUAUGGAUUGGAAUAAGGGAGGAGAAGUGAAUUUGGCCUAUUCCACAGAGAACCCCUCGGGAACCUACUCAGGAGAUUUGCCACGCAAUCAAAACAUGUAUUUUUCUAAUUCAAAGGUUUCAGAUGUGAGGAAUAUAUCUACAGAUGACUCCAUGGAUUUUGCAAAUUCUCAUUACAGUGCACAACAUUCAUUAUCCCCAAAUAAAAUAAGGCAUUUAACUCUUGUUUAAAGAUAGAAAUGUCCACUUUCAAGGACACCAUCUUGUUACAACAGGUGAUCUGAAACUAGGGUCUAUAUUUGGAAGAUCCCAUACAAGGCUUUUUUGACUUUUGACUUGACUCAAAGUAUUCAUUCUUACCUGAUUGAAUUUGUUUUACCUGAACAAAUAAUUUCAGAGAAUCUUUGUCUGGUGAUGAGGAUACUGACCAGUUAUGUGUCUCAUUCUUUUACCUCAUUUAAUUUUUCUUUGGCCAGCUAUUUCCAUCAGGUAAUACAAGCUGUAUGCAUACUGAUCAUAUCAGAAGAGUGCAGAAACAUUCAUACAAAAGCCUCAAUUUUAAUGCUUCACAAACAGCUAUUACAGCUACCUUAAGGUGUACAAGUUAUGCUACCAUUAUGUCAACUGGGGUUUCUUAAUUUCAUGUUUGUUAAUAUGUAUGUGUUUGUGUGUAUUCUGCUAUAUAGACUCAAAUUUGGACAACUAGUGGUCUCGCCAAACAUUUUGGACUAUUUAAUCUUGUGGUUGCUAAUGUUAUUUUUUUUUCUGUUAAAGUACAGAUGUGAUGCCAUGUUAGAUACUGUAGAUUGAGUGGCUACAUUAUUACAGUCACCUUCUCCUCUCAUAUUAUUGUCAGUUCAGUCAGGGACAUUUUUGUGUAAAACCCACUGACUCAUGUCUACAUGUGCAAUUCUGGAUGCACAAAACUGAAUAUUUCAGUGGUUUUGAAUCAGGUUAGGGUAAUGUAGCUUGUGCCAGAAGCACUAGCACGUUUGAGUCGGAAAAUGUUGAGGUUUUUAUGCUUGAAAGUAUCAUCGAUAUAGUGAGAGGGAGCCACCACUUUACAGCCACUACUGGACAUAGCAGUCAACGUGACAAAAGCAACAGACAGUGUUGUCAGGCCCCCAGUUUUCCAACCCAAUUGUGGGAAGAAAUUAACUUUCGUGGUUUCUGUUUUUUGGGCUAUUUUUU